GAUCCACCCAGCCUGCCAGGAGACUCCCCAUUUCACACUGCGAUGCUGGAACACCGCCGCUUCUCCAGCUUUCACAUAAAAUAAAGGACACUGUCGGAUUAUCCACAAAUAUUGUUCGUUUGCACGUACAUCGUGGCUGUAGAGAUGUUCGGUCACGUCUGAUUAUUUUUUUUUAUGCACCUGAGAAUAACUAUGCCAAAGCCAGGCACUCUCCGGCUGUGUUGAGACAAGCGCUGGAUUUAAAAGGCGAACUACAGGCAGACAGCACACACAGGACUGUACUACAACUAGAGGCUUCCAUUUCUGCUGCCAGCAUGGCUGUGAACAUCAUGCCAGCUCCUGCCAUUGGGCCAGGUAAGGAACAACCAUCGCUGCUGGACCAGGAGGACUCUCUGUCGAGCCAAGCCCCCAUCUCUGUGCCAUGCCCACCAGUCGCGGAUGAACCACACAUCCACAGCAGCAGCAGCAGCCAGGUCAGCACGCAGCCUCCCCGCAGCAAAUCCAAAGGCGAGCUAGUCAUAGUCAUCAACGAGAAGCUGAAGAACAGCAAUGGGAUCCACCCAACGUCCACAGAGAGCACCUCUCCAGUCAUCUGCUCUCCUCCCAGAAGACAACACUCCAUCUCUUACCCCCAUCACAGCAAGAGCAGGAAGGGGAGCAGGGCGAGCUCUAUCGGCUACACUGCCUUUUCGCCAAGGCCGUCAAUUUCUCGCCACUCCAGCAUCGCCACCAACCCGCCCUUGGACCGGUCCAAAGUCAAAGACUACCUCUUCCUGUCCGUGCUAGCCUGCUUCUGCCCUGUCUGGCCCAUCAACAUUGUGGGAUUUGUCUACUCCAUCAUGUCCAAGAACAGUCUCGAGCAGGGAAACCUGGACGGUGCUGUGCGUCUGGGACGUGUGGCCAAGAUGCUCUCUGUGGUGUCACUAGUAGGAGGGACGGUCAUUAUCAUCGCCUGCAUUGUCAACCUCGCCAUAAAUGUGAAAACCUGAGUUUCAUCCCAGGAUGAAACUGGAUAAGGCAACUGACCGUAUGGCCCACACCUGCACCACCGUCUUUACCACCUAGUCAUUACCUGGAUGUGUGACAAAUAUGCACCCGAUAUACAGUGCUUACUUGUAUUUCUGUAAUCUAUAUAAAUCCCUUUUUGCUAAUGGA